AUGCUCUGGAAAGAAUCGCCAGUGUUUAUAGGCUCUACCAAGUUUCCUAGAUCUGAGAGCAUAGCGCAGAUCCUUGUUACUGGUGGCGCGGGUUUCAUUGCCUCGUGGGUUGUUCGUCAUCUUGUUUUACAGUAUCCUCAUUACAACGUCGUAUGCUUCGACAAGCUCGACUACUGUGCUUCUAUGAAUAAUCUAGGUAGCAUAGAAAGCCAAAGCAAUUAUACCUUUGUCCGAGGCGACAUCACAGAUGCAGCGCAGGUGUCUGCCGUGCUGGAGAAGCACAAGAUCGACACUAUACUACAUCUUGCUGCGCUGAGCCACGUUGAUCGGUCGUUCGGCGGAGACUCCUACUCGUUCACCCAGGUCAAUGCAUAUGGCACGCAUGUCUUGUUGGAAUGCUGCAAAGCGUAUGGACGGAUCCAUCGCUUUCUACACGUGUCGACAGACGAGGUCUACGGCGAGGUCAGUGCCUCUGACGACGAUCUGCUCGAAUCUGCGAUCCUGGCUCCGACGAACCCGUACUCGGCCUCGAAGGCAGCCGCAGACAUGCUUGUAAACGCUUAUUACAGAAGUUACCGGUUCCCAGUCAUCAUCGUGAGGUGCAACAACGUGUACGGGCCCCACCAGUUUCCGGAGAAGAUCAUCCCAAAGUUCAUAUGUCUGCUGCAAAGUGGCCGCAAGUGCUUUGUGCACGGCGAUGGAACGAAUACCAGACGAUAUUUAUACGCUGGGGAUGCCGUUGACGCACUUGACACUAUUCUACACAAGGGGACGAUUGGUCAGAUAUACAACAUUGGCACCACAGACGAGCUAUCCAACAUCGAGCUCUGCCGGAUAUUGAUCAAAGCAUUUGGAUAUAAAGAAGAGGACCUCGAGGCUCACAUUGAGUAUACAAUCGAUCGGCCGUUCAACGAUCGACGGUAUGCAAUCGAUGCGACGCGAUUAAAAUCAUUGGGGUGGUCGCAAAAGACUGAGCUUGAGAAAGGGAUGGCGGUAACAAUCGACUGGUAUCGAAAGUUUGGCCUUUCUUGGUGGGGAGAUUUGUCGGAUAUCUUGACUGCGUUUCCGAUUGGUCCGGCAUAG